AUGGCCAGUUCGGUAAAUUUUAACAACGCUGAUGAUGUUCUUGCGGCAGAUGGGACAAAUAUCGACUUGCCGAGCGCAGGUCACGCAGGCGCAGACAUGUCCGCAAUCGUAGAACAAGGCGUCCUGCUCCUCGCUGUAGCAAAUCUGGCAGAGAUCCAUCUCCUCCUCGGCGACCUCCCAGUAGCUGAUGCCUUUGCCGUGGCGCUUGCCGUCCUUGUAGCCGCCGACGUACUUGUUGCCCGUCUUCUUCUCGACGAAGGAACCCUGUCCAUGGCACUGAUUCUCAAACCAGUCGCCAUCGUAGGUAUCACCGGUUGGGUACUCCAGGAAACCUUUGCCGUGGCGUUUGCCGAACACGUGGUCGCCGGUGUAGGCGGCGGCGGAGUCAGAGACAUGCGUGCCUUUGCCGUGGAAGUAGCCAUUCUUGAAUUCACCGCUAUAAUAAUCACUGGUGAACGUGGCGUUGAUGGUCUUGGUCCCCGUGAAGGCUUUGGUAGGAUGAUUGCGAGCGGAAGCCCAUAG